UUCGAGUGUUGCGGUGCAGUGGAUGCCUCUCUCAGUUAACGGAAUACGCUUCUUGCCAUGGGAAUCCAAUUUAGAUGGCUUCCGGUUUUGGCUGCAGCCUUGCAUUGCCGCGCAUCGACGGCGUUCAUCAUAGGGUCCCGUAUAUUAAGUUCAAGAAGCCCUGCAAUCAGUACCAGCCGACAACGAGAGCUGACGAAUUGGCAACUCCAUCAAUCAUCCACAGCAGCCGGUGCCAAUAGCACCGACGCCGCCGAAUCUUUGACAGCGCCUCUCGACGUUCUCACGAACGAUGUCCCUAGUCCGCUACCGUAUCAACUCAGGUCGGCUACAAAGUCGAAAGUUGUCAUGGGAGUUGCGCGUCGUUCGGGACCCCUCAACGAAGCUGUUUUUAACAUAGCCAAUCUGACCAGCCUCGACGAAGCGAACGAUUUGGUUGCGAUUGGCGCCGUAUGGGCUCGUAUGGAAACCUUGACAGAUGAGGACGUUUUAGGACUGUACGAUAGUGACGGAGAUGCUGGUAGUAGCAGUCGCGCUAUGUACGCGGAUUUGCCGAAAGGGUGGGGUGGUCGGGAAGACGCGAGCUGGUACGAGAAUAACGAAGACGUCGACUUGGAAGCUUACAUUGAACAAAUGGAAAAUCAAAGAUUCCGACGGAUUCUAAAGCCAAGCUGGAUCGAGGCCGGUACAGACCUUCGUGUUUACCCCAAUCCUCGAAGGUUCCCUGCAUGUGAGGAGUUGACGCGAGAUCGUCUUCUAUAUGAGGAUACCACUUUUAUCGUGGUGGAUAAGCCUCCACUACUUCCGACACAGCCGGAUUCAUCAAAUUACGUAGAAUGCUGCCCAGGAUGUGUCCAGGAUAACCUCGGUCCGUUCACAGACAUUCAGGGCAACGAAGUCGUUAGGCCUCUGCUGUGCCAUCGUGUUGACUCUUGUGUUGGUGGCUGCGUCGUGCUGAGCAAGGAUGGGAACGGACAAAAGGUGUUCCAGGAAAUGCAACGCGAACGGAAGCUGCGCAAGCUUUAUUUGGCCGUCACUACGCAGCCCGUACCGCUGGGAAUGCACUUACACUGGAUGUGGGCACCACAGUCGGCUCGUGGUAAAUCAGGCGGACCCCCGUGUCAGCUGGUCAGCCACGCACCUCCAGAAUCGCGGCGAAAAGCUCGUCAAUUCUGGAAUCGCUGUGUUUUGGAAGUUGUCAAAUGCGAGCCAAUCAAAAUCGGAAAGGAAGAUAGCCAUACAUACGAUCCUGCGGGGAAGGUGCACUACCAGAGUACCAUCCGCUUGGUGACGGGUCGGAAACAUCAAGUACGUGCACAAUUAGCAAGUCUCGGAGCACCAAUCAUUCGGGACUCUUUGUAUGAACCAAUGGCAGGUUUAACUUUAGACCGCUUGGAAGAAGCAGAAGAGGAUAUGGAUGAGCGUAUUGGUAGGUGUCGGGUACCGACUGAGCCAAUUGGAUUACAAGCCCACGCAAUUCUCUUUGGCGGGAUCCGCGCAAAGGCAAGAACUCCAUGGUGGGGUGAUGCAACCAUCAAUUCAAGUUCAUCAUAG